CAACACCUCUUUCUCUCUAACAGCUCCAUCGAUAUUCCCAUAUCCAUAUUGAUAUCACUUCUUAGCAAUGGGAAUCGAGGGCCUCUGGUCUUUUCUUCUAAAGACAGGCUACGAGGCAACUCUCCACUACCAUUCGUUAAUCUGCGCCACCUCUAAUCCUUUCAAUCCCUUCAAUUGCAACGCCUACAUAAGGUUCGAUGUCCUAGGAACCUUACAUCCCAUAAUUCAAAACGCAUAUUCCAAUCAUUCCCUCGAUACAGCCCACAAGAUCAUGGAAAGAGAGCUGGGGAAGUAUGGAACACCAGAAAACCUUAUCCUGUAUCUUGACGGUGACGCCUGUGAGGAAAAAAAACAUACUCAUAUAUAUCGAGAGGAAGUACGAGCCAAGGCAUUGAUGGACGCCCAACAAGGGCUCGAUGAACUAUACCAACGCGUGCAAAGCAAGAGUCGAGUCCGAAAGGAACAGUUCGUUGCCGUAAUAAAGGCGUUGGAUAUGGCCUUUCAUUGGUCAAAAGAAGCACGAGAAUCAUUCGCGAAAUACAUGCGACUGAUUGCCAGCUCGAGGAUGUAGUUGUCUCCCGAGACAGUGACAUGCUCGCAUACAAGAAUAUCUCAACGGUUUGGCGCCCUAUCUCAAGAGAUCACAUUUUAGUGUACAAGCUUGCAGACGUACUCACCACCCUAAACAUUACACGAUCCCAAUUGACGGUACUGUGUAUCGUGAGCAAGAACGACUACACAAGCAACAUUUCCCGGCUUGGAAGUGUCACCAACUACAGAAUUGUCAAGGAGCAGGUUGGAGAAGGCAAUGGUAUACCACAGGAUUGCACGCUUCUAAAAGACUGAAUUUCACAUCAAACUCUCUCUUUC